GAUGUACAUACUUAAAUACAGAUCUGUAUUUACAUCUGUUAAUAUAGAGAUAUGUAAGAGUGUGUGUGUGUGUGUGAACACACACAUAAACUCGCAGACAAUCUCCCUAACUCUGUCUACAGAGGGCCUGAGAGCAGUAACACCCAAACAGCAACAAACACACCUCGCAUUCCAACCUUUUGGUUAGUCAGGGGAGCGGGAAGGGUAAAAGAUGGGCCUGGAACAUCUUGUACCAGAAAGUAAGAAAGUGCCCAAGAAAUGAUGGGGUCAUGACAGUAAGAAACAAGUCAAUCUGAAGGGACUCCCACUGGCCAAAUAUGGAAUGAUUUGGGCAUCACAUAAAUAAUGGUAGGAACAUGUUAUAAGCCCCUGAAUAAAACAGGAAUUCAUGAGUCCAUGCUGAUAUUAAUAGACAGCAUAACCCAGAUAAAGAGAAAAAGAGAACUCUUUUUCUUACAGUAGGAGGUGCUACUGAUAAAUGUAGAAGGAAUGAAAGAAUUUUCAAAAUCACUAUUUGGCAAUCAUCAUAGUAAUAAAUAACUUGGCCCCACAAAAUAAUUAACUGCAAUGAGAAAACCUAGUUUUAUCAAGAGGAAACCUGGCCAAUGCCAUCUUGGUCAAAGUAAACAUCAUCAGUUAUAAGACAAAUUGAAUUUGUGCAGUACCUGAUAGGAUGCAAAAAAUACAUUACUUCUGUGGUGUUCUUGCCAAAGCCUGCAUCUAAUCAUGAAACACAUCAGACAGACUCCACAAAAUAACUGACCUACUGUAAUCUUCACACUUCAAAGAAAAAGUCAAAAAAGACUGAGCAACUGUUCAAGAUGGAGGAAAGCUAAAGUGCCUUGAUAACUCUGUGCUGUACGUGACCCUGAUCCUGACCCUUUGGCUAUAGAGGAUGUCGGAACAAUCGGUGGAACUUGAACAGUCUCUGUGGCUUAGAGGUAGUGAUGUAUCAGUGUUAAUUUCCUGUUCACUAUGGUUACAUUGUGGCUGUGUAGAAGAAUGUCCUUGUUUGCAGGAAUCACAUACCAGAGCACUUAGGGCAAAGAAGCAUCAUGGCAGGGCCUGAUCCCACAUGGGUCAGGAAAAAAUGCUGAGUGUGGCAUUAUUUCAUAUUUUUAAAAGUAGAGAAAUAAAUGUUCUUUCAGGCAUACUCACCACUAGAGAAAUUAUUAUUUCCUUUCAAAACUAUAGAGACAACACAUUUGACAUAAACCUACAGCAGGAAAAUGCAUCUCCUUAUUGAAAUUGUUUUAUGUUCAUCUGAAAGAAAAGUAAUAAGCUUACAGAGGAUUCUUAAAAGAGAACUGUUUUAUUUCUUAACACACUUGACACACUCAGUACACACACACACACACACACACACACACACACACACACACACACACACACACACACACACACACACACACACACACACAGCGCCAAUAAAGAAUUUUAAGUGACUGGGAUAAAACUGUGUAUCUACUCAGAUUUCUAAACUUGUGGCCUCAGAAACAGUUGGGCAGGAUUUAAAAAGCAGCAUCCUGAAAAAGAGAAUGUUGGGGUUUAUUGUUCUAGUUGUUCUUUUUACAAAGUAAUUGAGAACGUAGGCCCUGGAAUCAAACUGCCUGUUUGGAAUCCCAGCGACCACAUAUAAGAUAUGUGACUUCUGACAAAGUGAUUUUUCUAGGCCUCAGUUUUCUCACCUGUAAGUUAAGAUAAUACUGUUGAACUCAGAGGUCUGUCAACAGAAUAAGUGAGAUAAUAUAUGAAAAGGACUUAGACUGUGGCACAUUAAAAGCACUGAAUAAAGUUGGCAGCUUCUCUCAUUAUUUCAGGAAAAGUUAAAGUGCUUUCAUAAGAGUAUUCUGGUGUGAUUAUGUUGACUUCCUUCUCCCUCCCCAGGAGUAGAAUUACUGGGAGGCCAUAAAAAUUACGGCCUCUGCUGUUAAACCUGUCCCAAGAUCAAACUAAAGCCUGGAAAUGGAGCAUAUCCUAGAAGACAGCAGGCAUUACCAUGCAGUAGAAAAAAAGACUUGGGCUUUGAGGAGCUAAGACUUUGGUUCAGCUCCAGGCCUGCCGCUAUAAGCUUUGCGGCAUCAAUCUUGGUCUGUGAAAUGUCUGCAGCGUACAAAUACUCGUAGUAAUCACAAGAGGCUCUUAGGGGUUAGAUGAGGUCAGUUUCACAAAACCCCUAAUAAAGUGACCAACCUUAAGUAUGUUCUCAAGAAAUGAUGGUUAUUUUUCUUAAACCUUUAAAGGUGCAGGAACAUCCAAAAGAAUAAAGGCUUUAGGAUACGAAAUAAUAGCCUAGCAUUUCAGGGCAUUUUUGAGAAGCGUGAUAAGAGGAUCGCUGUUUGUUCCUGCGGGGUUUAGCCUACCAACAAUGGGCUUAAAUUGCUUCAGAAGGAAUUUCAGAUGACAAGAAGCAUGUCAUGUGUCGUGUAAUCCCAUUCCUGAGCGAGGUUGGGGAAGGGCAGAUAACUAUCUUCCUAGAACAGCGUGGGUUUAGUGCACACUUGCCUUGGAACCAGAACAAAGCACAGAAUCAUCUAGUCCUCAUCUCUGUUUAAGUGGUGAAGAGAAUAUUGAUUUUUCUGGCUGUAAAAAUGUAAGCCCUUAAUUAUCCCUUAGCACGAUCAUGUCACAUUCAAAAUGUAUGUGUGUAUUUUCUUUUAAAGAGAACAUGCUUCCUUUAGAGACCAUUCAGUUGUUCAUCUAAAAUGAGUGAUUCUUGGAUAUUGACCUAGGACUUCUUUAAAAUUCUGAGUAUUAGCAAAAGAAAUUUUCCUUUUAUACUUUCUUCUGCUUUCAUUCAUUCACUUAAUUGAGCAACAAGUAUUUAUUGAGAACUAAUGUGCCAGGAACUCUGCUAGCUUUUGGUUACAGUGAACAGCUCAGACCCCUAAGGAUUCAGUCUACUGCUCUUAGAACGUCUAGCGGGUUUUACAGGAGGUCUUUGCAAACGAGUAGUCUUUGAACCAUUUUAAAAGAUAAGAUUCUUUUGGCUACCGCCCCGGGCAUACACGUUCGGUGUGUAUGAAAACAAGCAUGUCUCCAUUUGCCUGGAAUCGCCACACACAGGGAUUCCCACCGGACUGCGUCCUCUGUGUCGAGUGGCUCGCAAUCUGUGACUUGCAGGCGAGGUGCCUGUUUUGAUAGCUCAUGUGACAUUAAACUUGGGCUGAUGCUGGUUGAAUCUGGUAUGAGAGAGAAGCACUGAGUGUCUCUGCUUUUAAUACGUGGGAGAUUUUUCCUGGGAACAAUCAUGGCGAUGUGAACUCUCUCGGCCGACUAGUGGCGCAAAGCAAAACUGCAGCUCCGGUCUGAACCGGAGAAGGCGGAAAGCGGCAGUGAGCGUACACUCUUUAUUACAAAGAGCGCUGGCUCUGCCUGGGAGAGCAGGACGCAGCAAAAAGCACACCACAGAAGACCUUUGGUAGUGCCUCUGUUUGUAUCCAGAUAUGCUGGUAGCAUGUUUGUUCAGCGUGGUGCCUUUGCUGAGAUAAGACCCCCUUUAGAUGCCCGAGACUGCAGUUUGUUUAGCUGGAGAACUUAAUGAGUAAUGAGUGUGCUUGUCUGGCUGAUAGAAAGUAUUUCCACAGCCUGCGGCCGUGUUUUAUAGGGAGCGGGAGAGAGACCACAGUAAGCAAUUUGUCUUCUUAGGGAUCAGCAAAGUCUUCUCUUUUAACAACUGCAGGAUUUAUUUUUAACUGCUUGACUCAGUGUUUGUCAGAUGAUUCGGACCAUCAAGCUGCAGAUUGAAGUACCCAGUACGGGGGAAGCUAGAACGGCAAGGGAAAGGGGGCUGGCUGGGAAAAGGGGUGGGAUCUCAGCAUCGUGCCUCUGUGGGUCUGCCUCCCAAUGUGGGAGAGGGUUUAGGGCUCUCAGCAGCAGAAGUGUAUUUGCAGGUCAGGCUGGGGACUAAAGGGUAAUGGCUGCCUUUGGCUGCUUAAAGACAUAAUAGCCCCGUGAUUGGAGUAUUGUGAGCAGGCACCCAGGACCCGGGACCAGCGUGUGCUGAGCGCCAGCCUCUGCUGUUAGGCACACUGCGCUCUUCUCCUGUUUGAUGCUGCCUGUCUGCGGAAGCCGCGCACCAUGAUCGAUAGCUCCAAGAAGCUGCAACAGGGCUUCCCAGAGAUUUUAACUGCUGGGGAUCUCGAACCAUUAAAAGAGAAGGAAUGCCACGAGGGGAGCAACCAGAAAAGUCUCAAGGAAGUGCUCCAGCUGAGGCUGCAGCAAAGGAGAACGAGAGAGCAACUCGUGGACCAGGGCAUCAUGCCACCUUUGAAGAGCCCAGCAGCAUUCCAUGAGCAGAUAAAAAGCUUGGAACGAGCCAGAACUGAAAACUUUUUGAAGCAUAAGAUUCGGAGCCGACCAGAUCGUUCUGAACUUGUCAGGAUGCAUAUCUUGGAAGAAACAUUCGCAGAGCCGUCCCUGCAGGCUACUCAGAUGAAGUUGAAAAGGGCUCGACUAGCCGAUGAUCUGAAUGAGAAGAUUGCUCAACGGCCGGGUCCCAUGGAGCUGGUGGAGAAAAACAUCCUUCCUGUAGACUCCAGUGUUAAGGAAGCCAUUAUAGGUGUUGGGAAGGAGGACUAUCCCCAAACCCAGGGUGAUUUCUCAUUUGACGAAGACAGUAGUGAUGCCCUAUCUCCGGACCAGCCAGCCAGCCAGGAGUCCCAGGGGUCUGCUGCAUCCCCCAGUGAGCCAAAAGCUACUGAAUCGCCAUCUCCUGUGACUACAAACACUCCAGCCCAGUUUACUUCAGUGUCCGCCGCAGUUCCUGAAUUCUUGAAAACUCCCACAAAGUGCACUGCUCCUGUCCUGCCCACAAACACUGUGUCCUCAGCAAAGCCUGGGCCAACACUGGUAAAGCAAAGCCAUCCCAAGAAUCCAAAUGACAAACACCGUAGCAAAAAGUGCAAGGACCCCAAGCCCCGGGUAAAGAAGCUGAAGUACCACCAGUACAUCCCACCAGAUCAGAAGGGCGAGAAGAACGAGCCGCAGAUGGACUCCAACUACGCCCGCCUGCUUCAGCAGCAGCAGCUGUUCCUGCAGCUACAGAUCCUGAGCCAGCGGCACCAGUACAGCUACCAGACCAUCCUGCCUGCCCCGCUCAAGCCACUCAAUGACAAAAAUAACAACAGUGGGAAUUCAGGUUUAAACAAUACCACACCUAAUACACCAAGACAGAAUAUAUCUGCUCCUGUGAGGAAACCAGGACCGCUGCCUUCUAGCUUGGAUGACCUAAAGGUGUCAGAACUGAAGACGGAACUGAAGUUAAGGGGUCUUCCAGUGUCAGGCACCAAACCCGACCUCAUUGAACGGCUGAAGCCCUACCAGGAAGUGAACAGUGGCGGCAGCGUGGCAGUGCCAGCGCCUGCCAUUGUCACCAGCAACCCGGAUGUCACCGUAGCACUGCCCGUCACAGUGCCACAUACCUCUGUGACCAUCUCGGGCCCCACGUUCAAGGCAGAACCGUCGUGUGCUGGGAACCACAGCUUGGCCCACGUUGAAAGCAUUAGCUCCCCUCUGCCAAUCUCACCGUCCCCCUCUGAACAGUCCAAUCUCAGCACCGAGGACACAAACAUGGCGGACUCGUUCACCGAGAUCAUGACCAUGAUGUCUCCGUCGCAGUUCUUGUGUUCGUCUCCGCUGCGAGGGACCAGUAACGAGGACAGCCCCAGUCCCACCAGCAGCACUCUGUCAAGUCUGGAACUGGAUGCAGCUGAGAAGGACCGCAAACUUCAGGAGAAAGAGAAGCAGAUCGAAGAGCUGAAGAGGAAACUGGAACAAGAGCAGAAGCUCGUGGAAGUGCUGAAGAUGCAGCUGGAGGUAGAGAAGCGAGGGCUGCAGCAGCGGCCACAGGAGCCCCAGCCCAGCGUCUCAGCUAAUGCCGGCAGCAAGUUAGGUCAGAAACGCGCCAGUGCCAGCUCCUCCAUCAAAGACGAGACCUCACUCGCUGACUGCUCCAGUUCCGGGCAGCUUGUCCCGGGAGCCAGCCAUCCUGUCGGCCAGCCCAUCUCGGCCAGUGGCCAGACCCUCAUUGCCAAAAAGGCUGUAGUGAUCAAGCAAGAGGCCCCCAUGGCCCUCGUAGAGCAGCAGGGCGUUGUCCCACAGUUUUACGUGAGUUCCCAGGGACAGCCACCACCCACCAUUGUUGCUCAGCCUCAGGCUUUACUGACCACGCAGACUGCUCAGCUGCUGCUCCCGCUGUCCAUCCAGGGCUCCAAUGUCACCUCAGUGCAGCUCCCAGUAGGCAGCCUAAAGCUCCAGACUCCACCACAAGCAGGAAUCCCGCCUCAGCCUCAGCCUCAGCCUCAGCCUCAGCCUCAGUCUCAGAUUGCACCUGCUGCCUUGUCCCCAGGCUUAGCCCAGACCGCACCUCAGAAACAGGACGCUUUCCCGCCACACGUGCUCCCUCAGCCUCAGCAAGUCAGAAAGGUUUUCACAAACUCGGCAUCAAAUACAGUGCUUCCAUAUCAGAGACCACCUGCUCCCGCAGUCCAGCAGCCCUUUAUCAGUAAGACAGCCAACAGCAUUCUUCAAUCCAGAAAUGCACCACUUCAAUCCCUGCAGAAUGGACCUAACACUCCCAAUAAGCCUAGUUCGCCCCCACCAGCCCAGCAGUUUGUCAUCCAGCACUCUCUGUUUGGGAGCCCAGUCCCCAAGACAAAAGACCCUCCCCGCUAUGAAGAAGCCAUCAAGCAGACACGCAGUGCCCAGUCCUCCCUUCCAGAGAUUGCCAAUGCGCACAGUCAGCAGAUGGACGACCUCUUUGAUAUCCUCAUUAAGAGUGGAGAAAUUUCCUUCCCUAUAAAAGAGGAGCCUUCUCCUAUUUCCAAAAUGAGACCAGUGACAGCGAGCAUCACCACAAUGCCAGUCAACACAGUGGUGUCCCGGCCACCACCCCAAGUCCAAAUGGCACCACCCAUAUCCUUAGAGCCUAUGAGCAGUUUAUCUGCCAGCUUAGAGAACCAACUAGAAGCUUUCUUGGAUGGAACUUUACCUUCAGCCAAUGAAAUAGCUCCCCUGCAGAGCAGCAGUGACGACCGAGAGCCCUUCUCUCUGAUUGAGGAUCUCCAGAACGACCUGCUAAGUCACUCGGGUGUGCUGGACCAUUCCCACUCACCUAUGGAAACUGCCGAGGCCCAGUUUGCUGCAAAUACCCCCUGUCUGUCCCUUGACCUUUCUGACUCAAACCUGGACAACAUGGAGUGGCUGGACCUCACUAUGCCUAACACGUCAUCUGGCCUCACCCCUCUCAGUGCUGCCGCCCCGAGCAUGUUCUCUGCCGACUUUCUGGACCCACAAGACUUACCAUUGCCAUGGGACUAAUGUCACAGACCUCUCGUCUCAGAGCUCAUGGGUUUAAAAGAUGAAAGUGAUUCUAAUCAAUCAGUUUUUAGCGACAGAGCCAUAGUUGCAUCACUGCAAUUAAAACAAACACGUUAUCACAGAAAGAACAGAUAGAAGGUCAUGGCCUGGACACCAAGCCUGAAAGCCCCUCACUGCAUCCAGUGGUGCAUUUACACUGUUCAGCAGCACAGGGCUUUCUGAACACCACUAGUCAAAGAAGACCCACCUGUUUCCCCAGACUUCACUAAGGAAUGAGGAGUCCUUUAGUUAAAACCACAAAGAGUGAGCAAAGUGUGCAGGAUGACGAUAUGGAGACUCAUUGGUAGUCAGGGGCACCCCCACCUCUGUGCUACCUCCUGAGGCCCCAGGCAGGAUGCAGACAGUUCCGCUCAGAAAUGAACACCAGUGUGAGGGAAGUGACAGGUCGCUGCACGUGGCUUAUCCUAGACAUGGCCUCAGCCCAACCAAGGCUCAGGCCCUGAAGGGCACCAGCCAGUUCAGUGACAGCCUUCAGCUGAAGACUUUUUGUUCCAUUCGGAAACCAAUGUAAUUUUUUUGUGUUGUAGUUUAUUUUACGAUUUUUGGGAUCUUUCUUCAGAUUUCCAAACAAAUUUAAAUGGAAAAUCUUUCACCAGAACCAAUGUCUACAAAAUACUGUUGUGAACAAUCCACUGUAAAAAGUCCAGGUAUAUUGAUAACACUGAAAAUUCUAUUAGCAACUCUCUGGGUUGAUUAGAUGAAUUUUAAUGUGUAUAUUAGGCAUUUGUAUGUACACUCUGACAUGGUUAUUUGUACAGCUUGCUUGCAUUGGGGUUAAGGAAUCGGGUGUCCAAUGGUCCUACUUGUUUUAAUAACUCGAAUAUUUCUAGAGUACUUGAGCCACAUGUAUUUCUGUAUUUAGAGAAUUGCUGACUAAUUUCAGGUAACCAGACCCAUCUCAAAGAACCAAGAAAAGGCUUUAGCAUAAACUCUCUGAGCUGGUGAGUUGCACAGAGAAGACAAGGGAGAAGAAGCCAUCAACCCCAGACCUGCCCGUGAAGAUUACAGGUUAGACCUUGUCGCCAGGUUGGCUUCUGAUCCCAGCUCUGGCCACCCUGCCUCUGUCCCUUACCUCUGGUUAUCAUUUUACAGGCUCGUAACUGGAUGUCACACCCGAGCUCUCACUAUAUAUCAAGCCGAAGAUUGGAAAACUGGAGAUUUUAUUAGUAGUUUUUUGUAUAGAAAAAAAGUUAUCACAUAUUUGUUGGGUAGUUUCUUAAGAAUAUUCUAAAAUGCCAACUAUCGCAAGAUUUCCAAAACUAUUUCAAGGUAGUCAUUUAAGUAUAUUGUAAAAUAUAAGUAACUGAAAAAAAAAAAACUGAACUCUACCAAAAAGCAUGGAGGUUUUGUUAAAUAACACUAUCCCACUUGUGUCAAGCCUAGUGGGGAGGUGGCCUUCUCUGGAUCAGUAAGCAGUGAAUAUUCCCACCAUGACAUGCAAGGGGCAACCUGACCCAUUAUCUGGAAAGAAUUUGUGAAUCAUUUCUGGGAUUGAGCUGAUCUUAGACAAAUUUAUUUAAAAUUUUCAUUUUGGUUUGUAACGUUUACUACAUGUAAGAAAAGUCUCUUUUCCCAAUGUGAAAGCGCUUCUGAACGAUUCAAGGCAGAGGUGGUCGUGCUGGAUGUGGUCUGCAGCGAGCAGUUUACAUGUUCAGAAGUUGGUAACGGCGCAUGGGAUCUCGUAAGGCUCUGUGGACCAGAAUGCGGCCCUCUGAACAUCAUCUUCAUUCAGAUUUAAAUGGCUUACUAACACCAAAUAUCUGCGGGACUGUUGGAGGCAACUGAGCAGCUAGUGCUGUUGACUCUUGAAUGACUUUCUCUCUUCAUCAUCCUGAGCUGUGGACCUACAUCUUUUUCUAGCCCUCAUCUCCCCUUUUGCUUUUUCAAACUAAAAGUUUUGCAACAUGACACAGGAAGGUGGCUCUCCAAAAAUACAUUCUGCUGUGCAAAAAAUGCCAUCUCAUUAGCCUGCUCUUUUAACUACAAAUUGCUUAAGUACACACUGCACAUACAUGUUCAAACCUUUAUGUAUCAGCAUUUCCUUUAAAAGGAAGGCAAGAGUCUCUAGUUAUUAAUUCUACCAGCCACCAUUUGCACCAUUCCACUGGGCUCUCCUGUCCUGGUUUGAGCAGCAGCCAGGCGUCCAUGACAUCGGAGCUGCUCUCCAGGGUCCCAGCUUCAUGUCAAAGUCAGGUGAGGACACAGACCAUGUGCAACAUACCAUAUGACCAAAGGUGACACUGUAUUCAAGGCCCAUCUAACCUAAUUCAUUGUACGUAUUGGUAAGUGCAAUGGGAAAGGUAUGUGUUUACUAAAGAAAUUUUUAUUGUUUAAGGUGAGUUUCAGAGCCAUUAAAGCACAAGUCAGCACAGCCGGUUGGAUUUCCAAUAUGCAGAAGUUGUAUGUCAGCUUGCAGAAUAUCACACUGCCAAGAAAACAGCCAACUCCUAGAAACAUAUUUUCUCACAUCCAGUCUUACAUCCCUAAAUAUUCCUGAAGCACAGUAGUAUCUUGCCUUUCUGGUGUAUGCAAGUGUCAGGUCACGUCAUUGGGGGUGGAAUGAACAAGGUUAUACCAAAGCUUCUACAGAGUUUGGAAGCCUAGAGGUAUGUGGUCAUCUUGUACAUUUCAGCAAAGCAUGUACUAGGAAAGCUGUUAGGACAGGGUUAGCAUUCACAUUCUAGUGUUUCUCCUGAAACGUGCAAUCUGUUGUAUAGUAUUUGCCACAUGUUUUAAUAUAGGUGUAUUCUGAAUUCAUGGAAGUUUUUGCUCACAUACUAUCUGUUUUUGUUUUAGAUGAAUAUUUUUUUAAUAUAAGGAGAUCUUACUUCAGUUCCCUUUUCCAAAACUGCACAGUUCCGUGACCCACCUGGCUGAUACUUUUGCAAGUGCAGCUUGGAAUGGGGGCAAAGGCAGUCUGCUGCGGCCUCAAGGCUGCUGCCUCUCAGCUCAAGGCCAAGUCCCAGCCACAAGAUCACGCCGCUGAAGUGUGCAGUCAGUGCGCCCUGAGCGUGGUACCAGGCGUGUCACCCAUCUGAGCACCAGAGUUGACUCAGGCCACCUUUAUCCCCACAGCCCAGAUCCUUCCUGGCCACAUAGCUUUCCUCAGAGGCCCUUCAGAGUUCCCAGGCUGGGAGCAGCCACCGCUGACAAACCAGCUAUCCCCACAAGUGGCGGGAUAGGCCCGCCACUGUCCACAGCAGGCUCAGCCGUGGGGAAGCGGGAGGUGUUUUGUGGGCUCAGUACCCACCCUCGCACCGUUGUGCUGGUGGGGAGCACCCAGCACCGGUGGGGAUGUUGUAGAAAACUUGAGUGAGAACAGCAAUUCAGUGUCAACCAGCAGAACAAACCAGGUCCAUUCAGCCAGAUUUCACAAGUAACCCCCUGUGUGUUGCCAUCCCUCCCUGCAUUUGAGUCCUGGCGACUUCUGGCAACGGAGCAGAACGCCAAACUGCCCACUGGCCUGGAGGCCACAAAAUUCAACCAAAUUACCAAAGAAUGUUAACUGGAAAGUCAGGUUUAUCAAGGAACACAGCUUACAAAGGCAGAAAUGUGUCUUUGGAGAGCAUCCUACCUGCAUUUCCACUCAUCUUUUAAGUGGUUUCGGUCAGAACUGGAAAGUAACUAUUAAGAUGUAGUAUUUCUUUUCCCUGAUUCAAAUCUUCAUAACUUACUUAUUCAAGGCUCUUUCUGGGCUUCAUUUUCACCUGUGAAGGGACUCUGUCUGCAUGACAAUAAACUAGAGGUCUGCAGCCUCACCCGCCCACCCUCUCCUGUGUUCAAGGAAGCAUGUCACUGCAGAGGGUUUCUACCUGACAUCCUUGGUUUGAGGCCUGUGAUUCGAAAGGCUGCACAUGUUUACAAAAGAGCUCUUACCCUCCGCGAACACAUUGUUCUGUGAAGCAUUAUUGGAAAAUCACAGUUUUGUGACAACAGGGUGGCAAUCUCAGCUCAACAAGGUGCUGUCUGGAAGCAAUCAAAACAUGUCACUGGCGAUACCAACACAGCUGUCGCGUUUAACAGAGCUUUGUGCCAACUACUAAGGCAGAGCUUUAACCAAGUUCAUAGAAUCACCAAGACUCAUCACAGUUACCUCUCUACAUUAUGCUGUAAGGACACUUGCUAAUUUGGUUGGGGGAAGAAACACUUAGGAAAGGGUUUAGUAUCUACCAAAAAUACUUAACCUCAAGUAACCAAUAGUAAUGCAAACUUGCUUUAAAGGAACCAAAGGCAUUGCCAAGUAUUUGCCAAAAGGAGGCACUUUUUAUUUAGAAUUUGAGACUAAUGAGAUCCCAAAAAGGUAUUAUCCAUUUAAGGUUAUGAUUUUCACAAAGAUGUAGAUAUUUCUCUAUUGUUUUCAUGUAAAAAUAGCAUAGGUUUGUUUUGUUGAUUUAAGGAUCAUGUAUAUUUAGUAGUAAUACAAAGUUCCUUCCUUUCUACGUGCAAAUCAGUUCUCCUCUUCUCUGGCUUGCAAUAGAAACGCAAUGUGAUAGGUGUUUCUCUUCUUAUUUUCAUGGUCACAUUAUGUCUUAGCAUCUCACUUUAUGAAAAAAAGGAGAAAGACACCAAUCUACAGAGCCCUGCUUAUUAAAGCACUAGUUGAGUAAACAAGAUUAUGGCAAUCGGGGGUCCAUUCAUGUAUUGCCUUUAUGUUGUUUUUUUAAAGAAAAACCAUGAUGCCUUUGUAUUUUGCUGUUUGCACCCCUGAAGUCAACUCUGUACCAUGUCUGAAUGCCGUACGUUUUGCACAUGUACUGUACAUAGGUAAUGCAUAUGUAUUUUUAUAUGUGUGCACAUUUAUCAUCAGAUCUUUUGUACAUAGUGGCAGUAUUGUAGCUGAUCGGGAAAUGUUUGAUAUCUCAGCAAUUUUGCAUUUUUGUGUCUCAAAUAAAAAACAUUUUGACGUA